AUGCCUUGUUUAAAGGGAUACACACGACUUGUGGGAAACGACGGUGACACUCCCUUACACUUUGCUGCUCGAUACGGAUCAUAUGAUAUAGUCCAACUGCUACUAAAAAGAACAGAUGUAGAUCCAAAUAAAGAAAAUAAGGACGGUGACACUCCCUUACACUUUGCUGCUCGAUAUGGAUCAGAUGAUAUAGUCCAACUGCUACUAAAAAGAACAGAUGUAGAUCCAAAUAAAAGAAAUAAGGAUGGGAACACUGCAUUUGACAUAGCGGCAGAAUCAGAAUAUUUUGAUAUAGUCAAACUGUUAUUAGGAAGAACAACUAUAGAUCCAACAAGAGUAUAUGAGGAUGGAAACAUUAUCUUACACAAAGCUGCUAGAAGUAGAGAACUCGAAUUGGUCCAAUUGUUACUACAAAUAUCAAAUAUAGAUCCAAAUCAAAAGAAUAAAGAUGGAAACACUGUCUUACACAAAGCUGCUAGAAGAGGAGAACUCGAAUUGGUCGAAUUGUUACUAGAAUUAUCAAAUAUAGAUCCAAAUCAAAGGAAUAAGGACGGUGACACUCCCUUACACGUUGCGGCCCGAAAAGAAUCACAUAAUAUAGUCCAACUGCUUCUAGAAAGAACAGAUAUAGAUCCAAAUAAAGGAAAUAAGGACGGUGACACUCCCUUACACGAUGCGGCCCAAAAAGAAUCACAUAAUAUAGUCCAACUGCUUCUAGAAAGAACAGAUAUAGAUCCAAAUAAAGGAAAUAAGGAUGGGAACACUGCAUUUGACAUAGCGGCAGAAUCCGAAUAUUUUGAUAUAGUCAAACUGUUAUCAGGAAGAACAACUAUAGAUCCAGCAAGAGUAUAUGAGGAUGGAAACACUAUCUUACACAAAGCUACUAGAAAAAGAGAACUCGAAUUGGUCCAAUUGUUACUAGAAAUAUCAAAUAUAGAUCCAAAUCAAAAGAAUAAGGAUGGAAACACUGUCUUACACAAAGCUGCUAGAAGAGGAGAACUCGAAUUGGUCGAAUUGUUACUAGAAAUAUCAAAUAUAGAUCCAAAUCAAAGGAAUAAGGUAUGA